GCCUCGUUCCCGCACUCCUCUUUGCCUGACUUCUGCUCUCCGUGCACUGACCCACGCCUGUCCACUGACCACCCUCGUAAGCCUGCCGUACUAUUACUUCUGAUUGUUUGGACUGUCUGCCUGAUCCUAGACCUUGGACCAAAUAAAGGUUUCCUCUGCACUGUCUGCUUGUCUCUGGAGUCGUGCAUUUGGGUCCACCCUCGUGGCUAACCUCCCCGGCUAGCGUGGUUGCCACGCCAAUGGUGGCCACUCCACCGGUACCACCAUUUCCGCCCGCACCGUUCUCCACGGAGCUCCCCUUUAGCGGCGUUACCCCGCUCUCCCGACCGGAACGAUUCUCAGGCGACUCGGGGAACGUCAAGCCUUUCCUCGUUCAGUGCGAUCUCCAUUUUGCAAGCGGCCGCUUUUCCCACGGACCGCUCCCGUAUCUCCUUUGUCAUCUCCCACAUGACGGGGAGGGCAGAGGCGUGGGCCACUGCCGAGUGGAGUCGUAACUCGGAUAUCUGCCGUUCAUGGACGAGGUUCGUCUGCGCGCUCACCCAGGUUUUCCUCGCUCAUGACGAUUCGUCAAGGACAUCGUUGUGUGUCCGACUACGCCAUUGAGUUCCGAAUCUGCGCCGCCGAGAGUCGAUGGAACGAGGACGCCCUGCACGACUCCUUUUUCCAGGGGCUUUCCCCCCAAAUCCAGGGUCUCCUCGUCGCUGUAGAUCUUCCUCCCACGCUGGACGCACUCAUCGCGUUGGCCCUCAAGGUUGUCCAGCGACUAGUAAUGGAGGAUCAACUAGCCGUGAUGACUGAGGGAGGGGUCCAGUCCAGCUGCCGCCCGGUCAUCCACUGCUGGACCCACUCGACGGGCCAGUGGAGGAGCAUCUGCGCCGGCGACGGGAGGGACGUUUGGGACACUUGAUCGCCCGCUGCCCGAUUUGACCAGAGCACUCUGACAUCAGGAUCUCUACUCCGGUGAGUGUGCGGUAUACCGCGGCGGGAUCAGGGAGGUCCCUUCUUCACCUCACCCUGGGAAUGGACUCCCGUUCAUGCACUGUGACGGGUUUCAUAGAUUCCGGGUCGGACGCAAACCUGAUAAAUCCCCGCGUGGUCGAGGGGCUGGGGGCAGCAACUUUCCCCACGCAACGGCUUCGUCACGCCUAUGCCGCCAACGGCAAGUUCCUUUGUCGGGUUACACAUCACACUCAGAUGCUACGUAUGAGCUUUCCGGACGCUCACUUGGAGCGUAUUAGCUUUCAUGUCUUCAACACACGUAGUAGCGACAUCAUCCUGGGCAGCCCGUGGCUCAAAGAACAUAACCCGCACAUAGAUUGGACCACGGGUCAGAUCAAGACUUUGGGAGAGGACUGUCUCAGUCGCUGUUUCGCUGUCCAGGAAGACAAGGGUAUUCAAGUCGCGUCAGUUCGGCUAACAGAACCUAGUACCGCCCCGGAGCUGACCGCGGUACCCUCCUGCUACCAUGACCUACGGGAGGUGUUCUCUGAAUCUAAGACAAAGUCUCUGCCGCCACAUCGGUCAUACGACUGCGCGAUUGAACUCCUGCCAGGCACCUCUCCUCCCAGAGGGAAACUGUUCUCGUUAACAGGACCAGAGCAUCAAGCCAUGAGGGACUACAUCGAGUACUCGCUGGCAGCCGGACUCAUUCGCCCCUUAUCCUCACCAACCGGUGCGGGGUUUUUUUUUUGUCAAGAAGAAGGACUCCACGCUGCGACCCUGCGUCGACUACCGAGGACUGAACGACAUCACAGUCAAGAACAGGUACCCUUUGCCGCUGAUCGCUACAGCAUUCAAACUCCUUCAGGGAGCCCGGCUCUUCACCAAGCUCGACUUGCGCAGCGCUUACCAUCUGGUGUGGAUUCGGGAAGGGGAUGAGUGGAAGACAGCAUUCAACACCCCCACAGGGCACAAUGAGUAUCUUGUGAUGCCUUUUGGACUGACAAACGCCCCGGCCGUCUUUCAAAACUUCAUUAACGACGUGCUUCGGGAGUUUCUGAAUAGAUCUGUCUUUGUAUACCUGGAUGACAUUCAUCUUUUCAGCAGACCUAACCUCUCACAUUCAACAAGUCAGAGGUGCUCCGGCGUCUGCAGCAGCACCAAUUGUACGUGAAUAUGGAUAAGUGUGAGUUCCAUCGGGCAUCCGUGUCCUUCCUGGGCUUUGUCCUGGCUGAGGGAGAGAUACGGAUGGACCCCGGGAAGGUCGACGCAGUGGCCUACCCCCACCAACAGGAGGGAUGUACAGAGGUUUUUGGGAUUUGCCAAUUUCUAUAGGAAGUUCAUAAGGAACUUCAGUUCCGGGGCCGCUCCUCUGCAUUCGCUCACCUCGCCACACACCACCUUCGCGUGGUCCGGGACCUGCCAGGAGGCCUUCAGCAGGCUAAAGGCAAGUUUCACUACUGCGCCUGUUCUCAUUGUUCCAGACCCAGAUAACCAGUUUGUUGUGGAGGUGGAUGCAUCUAAUUCAGGAAUCGGAGCAGUCUUGUCGCAGAGGAGUCCCAGGGACGGAAGGAUCCACCCGUGCGCGUUCCUGUCUAGGAAGCUGACCCCGGCAGAGAGGAACUACGACGUGGAAGAUCGGGAACUGCUGGCGGUCAAGAGCGCAUUGGAGGAGUGGCGUUACUGGCUGGAAGGCUCGCAAGUACCGUUCGUUGUCUUCACAGACCAUAAGAACCUUGAAUAGCUGAAGUCUGCGAAGAGGUUGAACGCCCGUCAGGCCAGGUGGGCCCUGUUUUUCACCCGCUUCCGCUUUACCGUGUCCUUCCACCCAGGCUCCAAGAACGGCAAGCCGGAUGCACUCUAACGGAUCCACGAGGGAGGGCGCACGGAUUCAGAAGCCACUACUAUCCUGCCAGUGGCAUGCUUCGUGUCCGGCUUCUCCUGGGCGGUCGAGUCGCGGGUGAAGGAGGCCCUGGGAGAGACGCCGCCGCCCGCGGAUUGUCCGUCGGGCCGCCUUUUCAUCAUUCCAUCUCUGCGGGGAGCCUAACCCAUCCCAACAAGACGGUCUGCCACCCGGGUAUGGCGAAGACGCGUUCAGUGGUCGAACAAAGGUUCUGGUGGCCUAACCUCAGCAGGGACAUAAGGGAGUUCGUCAACACCUGCCCGGUGUGUGCUGCCAAUAAGACUUCCCGCCUAAGGCCUGUUGGUGAGUUGCGACCCCUGUCCGUGGUCGCACAUCGCGCUGGACUUCGUCACCGGCCUGCCGCCUUCACAAGGGAACACAGUGGUGCUGUCCGGAGUGGACCGUUUCUCCAAGAUGGUCCACUUCGUGCCACUUCCGAAGAUCCCGUCGGCCAAGCAGACAGCCCAGCUGGUGUUAGACGAGGUCGUCCAUUACCACGGGCUACCCCAGGACAUCGUUUUGGACAGGGGUCCGCAAUUCAGCGCCCGUUUCUGGAAGGAAUUCUGCAACUUCAUCGGCGCUUCAGCUAGUCGGACAUCGGGUCAUCACCUGGAGUCUAAUGGCCAGAAAGAGGAUAAAUCAGGAAUUAGAGACCGGUCUUCGAUGUCUGGCAUCCAGGGACCAGAGCACGUGGAGCCAGCACAUCAAGUGGGUGGAGUAUGCCCACAAUUCUCUACCCUCCGCCUCAACAGGUAUGGCUCCACUCCAUGGCGUGCAUGGCUAUCCUCCGUCCCUGUUUCCUCCACUGGUCACAGACUCCGGUCCCGUCGGCCCUGGCCGUGGUGUGACAUUGCAAACGGACCUGGGAAGCAGCUCGGAGGACACUGCUGCGCCUACAAGGCCGCAGCGGACCGCAAGAGAAGGGCCGAGCAGCGAAGUGUGGCUCUCCACCAAAGAUCUCCCGCUGCGGACGGAAUCCCGCAAACUUGCUCCCAGGUCGAUGAAGGUGCACCCUACGUUCCACGUCAGCAAACUUCGCCUGAAUCGCACUUCGUCGCUGGCUCCUCCGGUCAAGCCCCCCCGCAUGGUCGACGGUGGGCCGGUGUAUACUGUGCGCUGGUUGCUGUCUUCCUGCCGCAGAGGAAGGGGGGUCAAGGAGGAGGAGUGCUCCUGGAUCCCCUCCUGCUUCGUCGUGGACCGCUCCCUCAUCAGGGACUUUCACGCGGCUCACCCUGAUGCUCCUGGGCUGUCCAGAGCCGGCCGUUGAGGGGGGGGGGGUACUGUCAUGCUCCAGGCUUCCUGCCCAGGCUGGGCUUGGCCAGCCAAUUCGUCAGAGCACACCUGCACCGUGUUACAGUUGAUGAAGCCCAGUGUGUGUGUGUGUAUAUAUAUAUAUAGAUAGAUAGAUAGAUAGGACUUGGGGAGUACUUGUCCUCCGCUAGAUCGUCGUCCUUGUUGCCUCGUUCCCGCACUCCUGUUUGCCUGACUUCUGCUCUCCGUGCACCGACCCACGCCUGUCCACUGACCACCCUCGUAAGCCUGCCGUACUAUUACUUCUGAUUGUUUGGACUGUCUGCCUGAUCCUAGACCUUGGAUCGAAUAAAGGUUUCCUCUGCAUUGUCUGCUUGUCUCUGGAGUCGUGCAUUUGGAUCCACCCUCGUGCCCCGUUGGUGACAUUCUUUGCA